AUGGACACUCUCAGCGGACCCUUCAUCAUUGAAAUCGAUGGUAAACCUAUUGCCAAAGUAGGAUCGGACGCCGAAGACCACGUGCAGGCGACUACCGGGCCUGAUGCUGCAGUGUUCACUCUGAAGGACCGAAGGCUCCAGUCUGGUGACUGGGUUCUUGCACGAGCAACCGUAGAGAACAGAAGCUUCCUUCCCAAACCUGUACGGUGGUUCAAGAUUGGCGCCGACAGCGAAAAGCUUCCAGUGCACCCUGUCAUUGCUCACGAGGAAGGGACUUCGUACCAGAUCAAGUUUGCGAAUGCAGGUUUGAUAACUGAGGAUGGUAACGUGCUGGCAGACCUUGGAGGAGAAAUGCCAUCAAAAGUAGUCGUCAAGAUGAAAUGCGACGUCAAUGACACAGGCUUGUGUGAACACGACAAGAACUUGGGAUGA